AUGGACAACGACGGCGUGCUCCCCAUGGUGCUCAGGGCGGUGCAAAAUCCAAUAGCAGUGGAUUUCAUGGUGAGCGAGGCAAGAAGGUAUAAGAUGCGGUUAAUACUGUCACUAUGUAAUAACUGGGAAGAUUAUGGAGGGAAGGCACAAUAUGUAAGAUGGGGCAAGGAGGCUAGCGUGGAUCUUACUUCUGACGAUGACUUCUUCUCUGAUCCAACACUUAAAGGGUACUACAAAGCUUUUGUUGAGGAUGUUUUGUCAAGAAUAAACACAAUCACAAAUGAGGCCUACAAAGACGAUCCUACUAUCCUUGCCUGGGAGCUGAUUAACGAGCCGCGUUGCCCUUCAGAUCCAUCAUGCGAUACGCUGCAGGCAUGGAUAGAAGAGAUGGCAUCUUACGUGAAGUCUAUAGAUACGGUGCACCUGGUGAAGAUUGGUAUUGAAGGGUAUUGUGGUUCGUCUACUCCAGAACUCUUGCUCAUCAACCCAGAUGAUUAUUCAGGGCAUGUUGGAACGGACUUUAUCAGGAACCAUUAAGCACUGGGAAUUGAUUAAGCUUCAGCUCAUAUUUAUUCACACACUUCGUUGCCUGACUCAACAGAGGAAAGACACAUUCAGUUUGUGACCACUUGGAUGCAACAACAUAUUGAUGAUGUAGCAAACUUGCUGGCCAUGCCCAUUGUGAUCGGGGAGUUCGGAUUAUCACUGAAGGACGGCAAGUUUGAAAACGAGUUCCGUGAAACUUUCAUGCAGACAGUGUACAACAAUUUAUUGGGUUCUUGGGAGAGUGGAAUGGUUGGAGGAGGCUGCCUUCUAUGGCAACUCUUCCCUGAAGGUGCAGAACACAUGGACGACGGUUAUGCAGUUAUUUUUGCAAAAUCACCAUCCACAUUCAACCUACUUGCAAAUCACUCAAGGAAGCUAGAAUGA